AUGGUCCCUCAAAUGAUACAGGAAAUGAUUCCGUAAAACAUGAUAGCGUAAUUGUGCAAAGGAUGAAGCCUGUUUUUGUAAUAUGCUCGCUAUAAGGGCUAAAGUUGGCGAGACCUGCAAAAGGGACCAUAGUUCUUUUUCCGCAUAUUGCUCUCUCUCUCUCUCUCUCUCUCUCUAAGAUUUCUCAGCAGCUAUGGAUAGCAUUCACCUCAUCUUACUCCCUCUUCUUCUCUUCCUCUCACAUUUUCCCCUGGUUACAGAAGCUCAGAAGCCGGUAGCAAUGGCGGACUCUCCAUUCUCAGAUGCUCUCAAAAACCUGCAGAAACAAAUUGGGUACCAGUUCCAAGACCCCAUCCUCCUACAACAAGCCAUGACCCAUGCUUCAUUCUCCAUUGAGAACAACAAGGCUCUGCACAUCGCUGGUGUCAAUUUGAUCGAAACAGCCAUCACGCUGAAGUAUCUGAACCAGAACCGUGACAUUGAGGCCAAAGACCUAGCCCUAAAACUCUUGGAGCUCACCACUGAGAAGGCGUGCAAAGAGAGCGGGGUUCGAUUAGGAUUACAGAAAGUGGUAAGAGUGGCUACUCGUACUGAUACAUCGACCGCCAUUUGUGGAGCUUUUCGAGCUCUCUUUGGAGCAAUUGCCCUUGAUUCAGGUAAGGCUGAUGCUGCGAUUGAUGUGUUUUCGAAGAUCAGUGGAAGUGGGCUGGUUUUUUAUCUUUGAGCGACAAUGGUUGUGGUUUUGGAGACGGGAGGGUUUCGUUUUUAGGUUUUGUUUUUGGGGGUUUUGUGCUGGUUAUGGUGCCAUUAGAGAGAGUGAUGGCUUUUUAGUAGUGGGAUUUUUAGCGUCUUGGUGUGUGAAUCUCUGAUAAGAAUGGUUUCAUUAAUGCUUGUAAAGGGUUCCAAUACGGAUUGCUUGGGUUCUACGCAGGUAAUAGAAUGAUAUAAGUGCCCUUUAGAUUUGGAUUCGAA